AUGUUAUCAAACGCUCAAACAUUUUCACAUUUCUCACACCUAGGGAGGAGAAUUCCGGAAGGCUGCCGACACGAAGUACGCGCACGUCAUCAUUGCUGGAGAAGGCGCUGCAGGAAACAAUGCCAAGGCUCUCGCCACACAGGCUGUACUUCUCACCGCCAUCGGAAACUCUUCGCCUGUCAAGUAAUUGAGACAAGAUUACUGUACUGAGGAACAUCACUUUGAUUUCAGAUUCUCUGAUGCCACAUCUGGAGUUAUUGGAAAGGCUGUUGGUGCCAACGGGUCCGCCAGUGCUUUCCAGGCCGUCCACUCUGACAGUGGACUCGCUGGAGUUUAUGUGGUGUCCGAAGCGUCGAGUGCUGCAAAUACCGUCUCCGCUGUCUAUGGAGCUUUAAAGUCGCUAAAAGUCGAAGGAAUUGAGGGUAAGCUUGAAAAAAGAUAAUUUUUUACAGAAUUUCUAAAUCCUUUUCUGAUCUCUGUUCCUUGCAAUGCAAUACUCUGUUUGCAGCCGUCAAGAAGCAAGCCUACAACAACGCCCUCCGAGCCAAAGCUCACUCCGAGAACUUCGCUCUGGAGAGAACCGCUCAACUCUUCCAGUCCCAGGAGAACUUCAUCGAUCAAAUUCAAGCCGUCUCUGCAAGCGAUAUUGAAGCAGCCGCCAAGAAACUCACGAGUAAAAUCUCUCUGGCCAGCUACGGAAACAUCGCACAAGUCCCAUACGUCGACACUUUGUGA